GGGAACAUUUACAGCACGGAGGGAUGCUUUUAACUCCCAGUUCAGUGGGUUUUUUGCCCCUCCCAGUCCGUCAGCCAGGCACACCUUUCCUCUCUGGUCCUCCAGCGUUUCUUACCUUCUUGUCGCUUUUCUCAGCCUCGUUGUCUGGCGGUGAACUCUCACCCCAGCUGCUUGGGAAAUGUCAUACAGGCAGAGGCCCGUGCUGCAGUAGGGGGCGUAAUAGGAGGAAAAAAAUAACAUUUUUUCUGCUCUCACCGCAUCUUUUAUCCACGUCUCUGCCGUGCAUGUGCCACAUCCCGCUACCAGCAGCAGCCGCCGCAGAUAACUAAUCGCAGUCUCAAUGCUCAUUUCGCAUUAGGGCUGAUAUAAAAAAAAUCCGUGCCAGACAUGUGAGUAGCAAACCAUCGCUGUCGUCCUGACUGCUAUAUGUGCUCACGCUAUUGUAUCCUCACACCAAUGAGAACAAAUGGUCAUUGAACCGUGUCGUUGUGCAUUUAGUGUCCUGGUUUCACGGUGGCUGAGCUGAAGUCUCUGCACAUUGACGGGGCAGAUGAAGCCUCGCUGUCUGCUUGUUUUGGGGGGUUCUGCGUCGGUUUGGCUAAUUGAGCAAAAGGCAGUGAUUUGUCUGCUGUAAAUAGCCCAGAUGGAGGGAAAGCCCAUUCAAUCACUGGGUUGUAUGACAUUGUGUGUAAUGUAGCAUAGCUCUUUUUUUUCUUCUUUUUUUAACUUUGAUUCAAGGUAUCUGUGAAUUGGUGUUGUGGAGUCCAGCCUGGCAUCUCCAGUCAGAUGUGGAGGCCCAGGGGGGAGAACAUGAUGCUUCUCUUGAAGAUGUCAGUCCAACAAACUAAAUGGCUAGUGACGACGAUGCCCAGUCGAAGAUCCUGGGAUUGAUACGUGAAUCCCUUUACACCGAUGGCCUGGACUGAGUUUCAGCUGGCCUGCUGAAGCUAUGGGGAGCUGUUGGAGCUGUCUGUACAGAGACCCCGUCCGAGACAACCAUCUUACUAAAUUUAAGGUCACCAAUGUGGACGAUGAAGGCAACGAGCUGGGCUCUGGGAUCAUGGAGCUCACUCAGACCGAGCUCAUUCUUCACACACGCAAGAGAGAUGCCAUCCGGUGGCCGUAUCUCUGCCUGCGCCGCUACGGCUACGACUCCAACCUGUUUUCUUUUGAGAGCGGUCGUCGCUGUCAGACUGGGCAGGGAAUCUUUGCAUUCAAGUGUUCCCGGGCAGAAGAGAUCUUCAAUCUGCUUCAGGAGCUGAUGCAAUGUAACAGCAUCAACGUGGUGGAAGAGUCAAUGAUGAUGAGUCGCAGUGGUCACACACCAGAGAUGGAAAUGUCUCGCACACCACAGACUCCCAACACUCCAGCAUUCCCUGUCCAGGCUUUUCCCAAUGGAUACCCUGGUUAUCCAAUCAGAGGUGAUUCCUCCCAACCCUCUCUUGCUGAUGAUCAAGGACAUAGCCUCAUGGGUUUGGAAGACCAGGCCCACACCUAUGUAAAUACUGUUAGUAUGGAGGGGGAUCUUUCUAUGCGUCACUGUGUGCACUCCCUGCCUGAGGUGCGGCCCAGCUCUUUCCCUGAAACAACACGGGGAGCCAUUGCUGUCGGCGGCCAAGGAAAUCCGCAGUCCAACCUGCGGUGCUGUCCCUUGGAGGAGCAUAACGAUCCUCAGGUGUUCUUAAAGCCGUCCUCACAGGAGGUCAAAUUCAUGCUGGGCCCCACUCCGGCACAACGCCAUCUACUGGAGAGAGAGAGGGAGAGAGAGAGGGAGAGGCAUGGGCACAAUCCUCACAGCCUUCAGCCAGUAGAGGGUGCAACAGGCUCAGAGACGGAGGGAGACGAGCCCUCCAUGCACCUGUGCAACUCUCACUCCUAUCACCAUUUCCAUCACCACACGCACCGGCAUCCGGGCCUCGAGCACCCGGACAGCUGCCAGAGUGGCGAACUCACCUAUGAGAACAUCAACGGGCUGAGGAGUGGCCGGAAGCAGCGGCUGAGCCCCAGCAGUGUGUCGCAGUCUGUGGGUUCAAGCAGCAGCAGCAGCACAGGGGACAGUCACACCCACUCCCUCAUGCACCCACACGCCCUUGGCCCGUCGUCUCUACCCCUGCAGGGCUACGCCUGCGAGAGGGGCAUGGGUGGAGGUCAUCGUCGGACAGCUCUGCUUAACUACGAGAACCUGCCCUCUCUGCCGCCGGUGUGGGAGUACAGAGCUCUGCAGCGGGAUGACGAACAGGAAGAGGAAGACGAUGAGCAGGAUGAGGAGGAAUAUGAGGAAGAAGAGGAAGACUUUGAUGAGUAUGAGUUCUCAGAAGGCCCUGGGACACCCAACGGGUACCACCAGGAUGGUCGGGGCAUCCACAGAGAUGCCUUGCAGAACUAUGUCAACACAGAGCAGGUCCAGCCACCCCGGCUCCGACACGCCUGCCCUCCGCAUCCACGGCCGUGUCAACCAGACAGAGGGGGGCGAAUAUUUAGCUUUGAUUUCCGCAGACGAUCAAGGUCAGGGGUUGGAGGCUGUGAGCACGGCCACAUGCCUCCAUCGCGGCAGCUGAAUUACAUCCAGGUGGACCUAGAGGGAGAACCUCCCUGCCAAGCCAUCAGCAGCGGGGGUGCCCAGACCCAGCCACAGCACCAGCGCCUACCACCCAAAAAUUGUGGCCCACAGGCAUCCCGGCGCAGUGAAUGCUACGCAGUCAUUGACCUAAAGAAGACCGCUGCCAUGUCCAACCUGCAGAAAGCUCUGCCCAGGGAUGAUGGGACUUCCAGAAAGACUCGCCACAACAGCACAGACCUGCCUCUGUAAACGGUGUUCAAACUGAAGAGGAACAAUGAAGACAGAUGAAGGCUUAUCCUCAUCUGAGCACACUGGACCCUUCACUGUCAUCCAUCCAUCCAUUCAACUGUCGGGUUGACUAAUACAGUACAGGUACCUAAUUAGAAACUUACUGAAACCUAUUUGUGCAUAUAAAAGGAAAUGAAAAAUAUUUGAGGAGAAUUUGCCAUUUUAUUCUGUGUUAUGUAUUAGAUAUGUGGUGUGAAGCUCUCUCAAGAAAUUGGCAGUUUUUGCUGCAAAUACUGUUUGCUGGCUAUAUGGAUAUUUAUAUAUAAGCAUAAAAUCAUAUAUAUACAGUAGAUAUAUAUGACUUUAUGCUUAGCUAUGACUUAGAGCAGAGACCUCUGUUUUCAGUGGAAUCAGUCAUUGCCAUACGGUAUUAGCAAAUUUUAAUUCAUAAACCCAUCUUCACUUAGACAUUUUUUAUAGUUUCUAUCAUUUAGUUAAUCUACAUCCAUCUACAUUUUUUUUUUACUUAAAUGCUAUGAGAGUCAAAAAUUAGACCCUUGUUACAGAAGAAGUAGAGUAGUUGUUGGCAUGAAGGAAGGUUAAUGGUUCCUCCAAGAUACUGGCCAAUAUUCAUACCUCAUCAUAAGCAUCUUAGUGUGAUAUUGUGGCUAGUAGAAUAGAUCAUUAUUUGUUACUAUAUGCCAAUAGAGCAUUUUGCACACAAUCCUAUGGAAUUGUAUUUUAUCAUAGUUUAGGGAAUGGUUUCGUCCAGUCCAAGAAAAAUGGAAUUAGAUGAACAGAAAAGAUGUUGAUAUUUGCAGAAUUAUACUAAACUGAAUGAUGGUAAAAGUAGCACACAUGGAUUAAACGAGCUUUGGCUCCCUCCUAUCCACAUGCAGCAAAUAAAAAAGUAGCAUAUCAUUUCCGAUCAUACCUCCUGCACAUCGUCCCAGACCUGCAGGAGGUCCAUGCGGUUUACACGGUUUACGCUUGUCACGUUGCACUUUUGACUUUUUGGGCCACUGAAAUGCUCUUUGUCUCUACUCCCACUUCACUGGAGCCACAGGUUUGACUGUGUCCUUUUUACCAAAAGCAGGGGGCCAAAUAUUUCAUUGAGAUUUUUAGUCAGCAUCGUAGAUAGGAUUUACUUACAUGUUUUGAUGGAGACAUCAACAACCUCAAAUAGUGGCAUUAAGCUAUAACCUCACAUAAAAAGUGCUGAAACUUAAUUUGUCAGUUAUCCGGUGUGAAUGGUCUGUUUUUAAGGGGUCGCAAAGUGAAGAUUUUUGUGAGGCUAUUUAUCAACCGUAGUCAGAUAUUUAUUUAUUUAUUUAUUUAUUCUUUUAUUUUUAAUUGUAAUCAUUUUGUUUUCCAUGUGAUGACCAGCUUUUUGUAAUCCAGUUGGUAAUACGGAGACGAAAGUUUCACAUCAAAUUAUCACUAGACUGGACGGUGUAUUACUGUUAUAACUGUGCUUAAUUAUAUUUUAAAAAAAAAUGAAAAGAAAAAAAUGAAAGACUGUAUAUUUUAAGUGCCAAAACUUAUUUGCAAACUGUAUGAUGAAUAAAAUCAAACGUGCCAUUAGGAUUGGUAGAAAACAAUAUGAAAUAAAGGCAUUAGGUAAUAAUGGCCGGUAGACAAACUUAAAAAAAGAAAAAAAAAAAAAAAAAAAGAAGUAAUCAACUUCUAAAGGAUAAAUUAAAACAACAAAAACUGCACAUUCCACCUCAUCCACAUCGACAGCCAUUUUGGAGUGAGAUAUAAGAAAGGUAAUCUUGUAGUCUGAUAAUCACAGCCAGGGUGGUUUUAUGCUGCUACAUGUAAAUACUAAGGUACUUGUCAAAAUGAAAACGUAUGUGUUUGAACCUAUGCGAUGUCAGAUCUUUUAUCAUAUUGUUAAUUGCUAAUAGAAGUACCAUUGUUUUUUUUCUUCUGAAAUUAUUUCUGAGCAGUAGAAAUAUAUAAUGUACCAUUUAAGAGAAUGUUUCAUUUGGCCAAUAUUUAAUUUCAUCCAUUAUUUUCUCAACAAACUGUCUGUCUGGUAGGAGAGGUAACCGAAGCACAGACCCAUGGAUGCUGUCAUCUUUUUCUUAAGCACUCAUAUCGAGGUAAUAUUUUCAGCUGAUGGCGGAAGGCCAAAUGUUCUAGAUUUACAGAUUAUGGCAUUUAGCGGUAGUUUUUUUUUAAUGGUCUAUUCAAUGUGGAGAUCAAUAUAGGACGCAAAUACAAAUUCUCAACUUCUGCUAAGGAGGGUUUUUUGGCUUCUGUGUGACAUGAGGUGCAAAUCAAAGAUUAUUUCUUCAAAUUCAUUUGUGCAAAAAAAACAGCUUCAAGUUUCUGAUGGUUGCUUCUGUUGGGUGCUAUAUAGAUAUUUAUUUUACAUUACAUAUAUUUUAUUUACAUAUUUCAUUUAGAAUGAUAUUAAACUGUGAAACGCUGUCAGAGGAAAGCUAGAUACAGUUCAAGUUCCCAAACUUGCAAAAUCUACUACUAUUACUAUAAAUUUGUUAUUUUUUAGGUAUUUUUUAGUCAACUGUUCAGUCAAUAAAAUGUCAGAAAGUGCACACCAAUUUCCUACAGCCCAUGGGGCCAUCUCGUUUUGUCUAAAAUUCAAAGAUAUUAAGUUUCCAAUUGUAUAAAAUUUUUUGCUUUAAAAAGUUACUUUUACAAGCAACCAUUUAUCAAAAUUGUAGAUGAAUCAAUGGUUCCCAGACUCAAAUAAUCAAUUUAUCAUGUGGUAUUUUUAGAUAUGUGAUAAAAAGGUAUUUGCAAUUCACUACUUUAUUCAUGUGUUUGUAGGACAGCAUCUAACAAUUAUUGUUUAGUCUAUAGAAGGCCCCUCACAAUUUUCCUGAACUCAAGGCCAUGUCUUCAAAUUGUCUUGUUUUGUCUGACCAGCAAUCCAAAACCUCAAAGUAUUCCAUUUACACUGGUGUAAAACAGAGAAAAGCAAGAAAAGCCUUGCAAAUGCAAAUUAGUUACUCCAUAAGUGAGAGAGAAAUUAAUCCUUUCAGUGCUACUGGUUUGAUGGUAACAAUAAUGUAAAAGUUUUCGUUUCCCAACACAGAAGCUUUAAACAACUCCAAAAUCAAAAGUUAAUAGUUUGUAUUUUUGUUUGAUUGUCAUACUUUAAUAUGACAUUAAAAAAGAGAAAGACAAAAACAAAAAGGCCAACUUUUAGCAGACAAUUUUGACUGUAUUUGCAAAGAUAUUGUCAUGAUACAAUGGAAGGAUGUUUACAUUUUUGCAAUAAUAGGUGAAUUAUUGUUUUGUCGAUCUAAAUCAGACUAAUGUGUGAAAUUUAAAUAGUCUAUAGAGCUGUGGGCUUAAUAUAUUUAAUCGCCUGUUCUUCUGUGAAUCAGCAGUCUUAUUUUUAAUUCAGGUACAAUGUUUACUUUUCAAUCGUCAUAGUACAAUUUCAGCUAUGAAAGUACAAAAGAAAUAUGCCUGUUUUCUUGAUUGUCAGACACUGUGUUUUCUUAAACUCACAUUAAAGGUGCCAUACAAUUUUUUUGAUUUUAAUUUUCAAACCUAAUUUCUCAAAAUAUAGUUACAUGUGGUUUUAUGGUCCUUUAAAAAAAAAAAAAAAAAAAAAAAAAAAAAAAUCCAUGUUGAAAUGUGUUACCAAUCUUUGUUAUAACGCAGUAACCUCACCACCACCAAUAGCAGUUAACAGUGAUUACGGCAUCAUUACCACAUACUCCUGUGUUUACUGAUUAAUAAUCAAAAUAAAUAGAUGUGGUAA